AUGGCUAUGGCCUGGGAUCAGAAUACGCUACGGGCGAAAUUUUGUCACGCGUUGUCAGAAAUGUACAAGAGUGAGGUUCCAUUAUACGGUGACUUGAUCGACGUUGUCUGGCAGGCCGAUGCAAAGGCGGUUCAGGCCAGUAAGACGCUAGGCGGAGCCAAAGCUAUCAACCCAGACGACGUCUUGCCUUCACGACAUCGAGUCGAAAGACAUGGCGCCAUUCGACUGGGAACGGCAUAUGAGCUGAGCACAAUUUGUCGCAUGUUUUCAGUCAUGGGCAUGUAUCCUGUGGGGUACUAUGACCUAAGCCUCGCUGGCUUUCCCAUGCAUGCUACAGCGUUUCGGCCGAAGACACAGGAUGCACUAUCACAGCAUCCAUUUCGCGUCUUCACCACGGUCCUGCGGAUGGAACUCUUGACAGAAAAUACGCGAAUUCUGGCACAGAAAGCCUUGGCGCAGAGAAACAUCUUCACCCCAAGACUUCUCGAGCUUCUGGAUCUGGUUGAGAAGAACGCUACUUUAACGCCGGCUGAAUGCGCCGAAUUUAUCGAGAACGGAUUGGAAACAUUCCGAUGGCACUCAAAAGCCACGGUGACUCUUGAUGAAUAUAUGCAGCUCACGGCUGAACACCCUCUUAUCGCCGAUGUCGUCUCAUUUCCGAGUUCACAUAUCAAUCAUUUAACACCCCGUACAAUCGACAUCGACCUAGUCCAGCAGCUCAUGGUGAGUCAGGGAAUGCCAGCGAAAGAACGAAUCGAAGGACCUCCAAAGAGAAGCUGCCCAAUUCUUUUGCGACAGACAAGCUUCAAGGCAUUGGAAGAGACGGUCUACUUCCGAAAUACAUUUGAUGACUACGUGAAAGGAUCUCAUACCGCACGUUUUGGAGAAGUGGAGCAGCGGGGCUAUGCAUUGACACGAAAGGGGCGUCAGUUGUAUGAUCAGAUUCUGGACCGGGUGAAUGUUGACGCCGCGAAAAACAAGCUCGAGGGUCAGGAUUACGAGAAAGUUUUGGAAACCCACUUCAAAGCAUUCCCCGAUAGCUUGUCAGAACUUCGCGACCAGAACCUAGCUUAUUUCUGCUACCGACUUACCUCAAAUGGGGAAAAGCUAGCAGAAGAUGGUUCCAUGAUGGCAAAAUUUGGAACUAAGGUAUCUGUCCAAGAGCUUCUAGACCAGAACAUUCUGGCCUAUGAACCUCUCACUUACGAGGACUUUUUGCCACUUUCGGCUGGGGGUAUCUUCAAUUCCAACCUGGGUAAUGUAUCCCAGUCAAAGCAGCUCAUUAUGAGUGCGGAGCCGGACUUGGAUGGAUUUCAACUUUGUUUAGGCACCUGUGUGGCCGACGAGUUUCAUCUUUACUCCGAGAUGCAGGAUGAGUCUAUUCAGCGCUGUAAGCAUCAACUUGGGUUGGAAAUCACAAUAUAA